AUGUCCAACAAAUGUGAUUUGUCUAAGGAAGAGAAAGUGUGGGUCAUAUGCAGUCUGCUGUAUCAGGCACCUCCAGGCGAAUUCUACAGUGUUUUUGAAGAUCUCCGUAUUCUGGUCCAGGAUGAUGACCUAAUGAGGCAAGAGGCUGCCCAGGUCUGUGCCUAUCACAAUAAGAACAAUUUCACCUUAGUCAGAAUAGAAGGAACCAAUGUGCUGGUGACUCGCUACAAUGACCUUGGAGGAAAUCGCUUUUUUGACCCAAAAAAUAAAUUUUCUUUCAAAUUUGAUCACUUGAGUGGAAUAUCAAACAAAUUUCAGCUCCAUAGGGUAGCAUGGGAUGAGACAGAGUUAUGGAGAACAGCCCUAAAUAGUGCUUUAAAGGCAUACGUGGAUAGUCACUUUCCUUCAGGGGACUGCUGUGUGUUUAGAAAAACCUUGAAAAACAGGCAGGUAUUUGUGGUCUGUAUUGCAGGUCAUCAGUACAAACCGUUGGGUUUCUGGAAUGGCCUUUGGAAAGGUGAAUGGACUUUUUUCCAGAUUCCAGUUAUUACUCAGGUUACAGGGGCCAUUCAUAUGCAAUUACACUACUUUAAAGAUGCUAACCUCCACAUGACAGUCUGCAAGACUGUUGAAGAGACCUUGCAUGUAAUUGACCCAGCCCAGUUGGCCAUAGAUUUUGUGAAACUCAUAGAAACUGAAGACAACAAAUUUCACAUUGCCAUGCUGGAAAACUUCCAAUCUUUGACAGAUGAAAUCUGGAGAAAAAUUCUACGAAGGCAGCUCCCAGUCACUCGCACUAUCAUUAACUGGAAUAAACUGCUGACCAAUCAGAGCAUAAAAGCCAAUAUUUCCAGUCGUGAGAUGCCACUGAGUUUACUGAAGUACACGGUUUGA